AUGCCAAAUGGCGAAGUUGAAAUAAAUUUGAUCCCAAAGAAAAGAUAUUAUUAUAAAUUUGUUAUCGAUCAUAAUUGGGUAUUGGAUCCUAACUUAGCCAGUUAUUCUGAUGAGCAUGGAAAUUGGAAUCAUGAAAUUGUUGUUGAACAGCCUAUUCCUCCUUCUCCACCACAAUUACCAGAAAUUUUUAAAGAAGAUUCAACAAUUAUUCAACCUCCCGCGCCUCUUCUUACUCCACCAGAAUAUGAUUUUGAUUUUGAAAAUGAUAAAUAUGUAGGCGAGAAAGAAGAACAACAUGUAAUUAAUUAUAUUGAACAACAUAACGAUGAUUUUGAAAAUGAUAAAUAUAUAGGCGAGAAAGAAGAACGACAUGUAAUUAAUUAUAUUGAACAACAUAAUGAUGAUUUUGAAAAUGAUAAAUAUGUAGGCGAGAAAGAAGAACGACAAGUAAUUAAUUAUAUUGAACAACAUAAUGAUGAUCUUGAAAAUGAUACAUAUGUAGGAGAGGAAGAAGAGCAAAAAUUAAUUGAACAACGUAAUGAUGAUCUUGAAAAUGACACAUAUGUAGGAGAGGAAGAAGAGCAAAGAUUAAUUGAACAACGCAAUGAUGAUCUUGAAAAUGACACAUAUGUAGGAGAGGAAGAAGAGCAAAGAUUAAUUGAACAACAUAAUGAUGAUCUUGAAAAUGACACAUAUGUGGGAGAGGAAGAAGAGCAAAAACUAAUUAGUAAUUAUGUUAAAGACUUUAAAAGUGAUAAACAUGUAGGGGAAAAAGAAGAACGAAAAGUAAUUGAACAACAUAGUGAUAAUGGAGAUAUCGUACUAUUGAUAUUAAAAUGGUACAGAAAAUCGACAAUUGAAUUAUGA